AUGCAACCGCAACAGAGAUCGUCCAUUCCCUCCAAAUCCACCAAAGAAUCCAACAACAACACAAAAACACACAACACGGAUUACUUGACGACUAGUAAUGGAAACAAUGUAUCAACAACAACAACAACCAACAAUACACCUUGGCUACCAUCUGCCACCACUGAAUCAUUCCACAACAAUACAAAAAACACCACUAGCAUGACUUCAGAUCAUCCGUUUGGGCCUUUUCAAAUUCACCAACAACAACUCGAUAUAACGAUAACAACAACAACACAAACACCACCCACUCAACACUACCCAUUGUUGUUCUCAUCAUCCUCUUCCAUUUCACCAUCGCCACCAUCCUCCUCAUCAUCAAUAUCGAACCAAUUUACGCCAACGAGUAAUGCUCAUCCUCCUCCUUCUCUCAUCUCCAAUAUGGUCAACAACUCAUUUCCGAAUUCAACUCCAAUGAAUAUUUCCUCCCUGUUACCGUUUGCUAUUUCACCACCUCCAACACGCUUCUUUUCAAUGCUUGUUUCUUCAAGUAGUAGCAAUAACAACAACAUUAAUCAUCAACCACAACAAGCAUUACCAACUCAAUCUGUUUCAUCAUCCACUACUGAUGCUGCUAUUGGAGUAAGUAGUAUUGGUGGCACUGUCGGAAAUUACCAAAGUAACAACAACAACCGCAUUCAUCCAUCAUCUCCUCAACAUUACCUCUCAAACGAUAAUACUCUCUUCUCCUCAACAACAAUUCCACUCCAGCCAGCAAUGCCUACAGGAACUAAUGAGAGAGGACAACAACAAAACGUGUUUAUACCAAGCAUUCAUGCCAAUUUUACCACAUUUUCUGGCACUGGUCAAGGAUCAAAUAACACUUCAUCACAACCACCUCCAACAACAACAACAGAUAAUUAUUCUUCAACGUCACAAUCAAUGCAUUCUGAUGAAGGGAAGGAUGUAAUCAAUAUUGGGCCAAACAAUUCGUCGACGUUAUCGAAUAAGCCUCCCUUGGAUGCUCCAGCAGCUGUGUUAUUAUUGGAGCCUCCCUCACUUUCGACGAUCAUUGACGAUCACCAUCCGACAAUUCCCACAUCACUCUACUUUACAAGAAAAACUCAAAUGAGUGAAAGAUUUUACCGACCACAGCAAAGAUCAUCCUCCUCAUCAUGCAUAGAAGACAUUGACGAUGAUUCGGGAAGUAUUGCUACACUAGUACAGCAAAACAAGUCACGCCAACAUAAACACGGUUUAUGGAUGAAUGAUCAUGAUUGUGAUCACAUUUGUGGUUGUGUAGAAGACAAGAUGGAAGCAGAAUUGAGAUUACAAGAUAACUUUGAAACCAAUUAUUUCCACUCCAAGAAAAGGUCAAACUCUCACAACAGUUACAAGUAUGAUGACUCAAUGAAUCCACAUAACACAGACGAGGAUGAAGAGCCCUCUCACUUUGAAUGUAUUGAAAAUGCCUCAAAUCUUAUUUCAGGCUCUAGUAUUGAUGAUGACCACCUCAUUCAACAACGCAAGAAACGAAAGAAGACACUUGAAGAGAAUUUGUUAACAGGCUUUUCCAAUUUGUUACAAAAUUUAGAGCCUGACUGUGUCUUGUACAUAUUUCAGUUUUUGAAUUGUACAGGAAAAGAUAAUUGGUUUUGUAACGUUAGAAACAUGUAUGGAAGGUUUAAAAAGAAUAAUCAAAUUUUGCCACUCUUUAGAUACAUUACCAUAGAGCAACAUAGUACGCUCAAGUUAGGAUUUGGAUCUCUCAAAAAUCAUCAAUCAAUGGACUGUAAUAUUCAGAGUUUAUCCAUACAUCGUAAAACCAAUCAGCCACUGGAGUGUGAAAUUGGGUAUAUGAGCAAAGUUGGACGUUCCUUAAAAACCUUCAUUUAUUACAACCAUUGUGGAAAUAACCCAACAUAUCCUUCAUACGCUUUACAGGGAGGUAAUGUUAUCAAUAUUGAUGCCUCAUCCUGCGUCGACACAACAUCUACCAAUUCAAAUAAUACAAAUGGGAAAAGCACAUAUUCAUUCAAUGAUGGCAUGUCAUCAUCGUCAGAGGAUGAAUUGGAGGAAUCAAGUUUUGAAUUGAUCGAAGAUGAAAAUUCUCAUGUGAUCGGACUGAAGAGAAAAUCUCGCUCUGAAGGCUCAUGCUUUUUGAAAGAAAUCUAUAGAAAUUGCAAGGCUCUUGAGAAACUAAAAAUUGUGGACAUGGAAGGUUAUGUACCCAUUAAGGUCUCUCUUCGCUUACCAGCAAGUCCAAAAGGUGCUAGCCCUCCUCUAGCGUUUUCAAAUACUCUACAAAAAAUUAGACUCUUUAAUUGUGUUCUUCCCUCUCAUGCAAUGAGCGUAAUUUGUAAAAUGACACAACUGGAGAGCGUACAUUUUGAAAAAACCUUUGUGAGUGACGUGAAUGAAUAUGAUUCCCUUCUCUCCCUUACCAAACUUAAGGUUCUAAAGUUGCAAGUUGCACAGCUUCCCAAAAAACUCUUGAAAGACAUGCCCACCACAUUCACUUCUCUCGAAAAACUCUUUCUGAACGUUUCACAAAAGACAGAUGCGUACGAUGAAAAAUUUAACGUGGAGUUGUUAACUAAUCUAAAAUCACUGAGUAUCAUUAGCCACUUUAACCUUGAUUUAUUGGCUCUCAUGAGAAAUUGUACCAGAAUUGAGUUUUUACAACUUGGUUUCGAUGUUUGCUUUAAUCAUAUCUUCCCCAAUGAGAAAUUGAAGUAUUGCAUCCUAAGAAAUGUGUUUAUUUCACCUGAUCGAUCCAAAGUACUCAUCCAAAACAACACUCUACGAUGCCUCAAGUUGUCUCCUGCCAGCAUACGAGCAGCACAAAGAGAAAUUGCCUACAUUACCCAACAAAGAGCUCUCUUAAAUAAGCAUCCUUUAUUGAUCACAGAGUUUUAG